UGACGACAUGACGCAAAUCCAAGGUUCUGCAUGUUCUCAAACACAAGAAAGUAUUAUUGAUAAUAAUUGUAUAGUGAGAGCUCCUCCUAUUUCAAAUUGCAAAGGAAAAAGAAAGAUGCAACGUUUCAAGCAUCCUUCAGAGUUGAAAGCUAAGAAGCAAAGAACUUGUGGGAAAUGUCAUGGGAAAGGCCACAAUAGUCGAACUUGCAAGGCCCAAACAACAAGUCAUGUAGGAAGCGUCAAUGAGGAAGAAGAGGAAGAUUUGGAAGACCAAGAAGAAGAGGAUGAAGAUGUUGAAGAAUACUACUACUAAUAACCUAUUCUAAUCUUUCUUUUGUUUGUCAAUUUUCUUUCGAAGCUCUCUGGAUAUGUGAAGUUACU